AUGGAACACAACACUUGUCUCGAUCCUGCAGACGUGACGCCCCGCCAACCAUCUGCUGCAGAGAGUCGGGAAGACCUCAAUCCACGUCCGGACAAAUCCAACAAAUGGAACCACCCGAGAUCGAAUAUCAUUCGUGUGCUGACCACGUUCUGGGUCUUCUUUGUCAUGGGAGCUAACGAUGCGGCGUACGGCGUAUGCUACGUCUUGGCGGCAUUAGUCAACAACAAACUUCAUAUGGCCCUGGGACAGCGAGGAGUGGCUCUCAUUGCACCAGCCUGCCACCUCAUUGCGUAUAUCAUCAGUUGCAUCCAUCCGCCAUACCCCGUAUUAGUUGUGGCGUACAUCUUUGCGGGGAUUGCAAACGGACUUCAUGAGGCUGCGUGGAAUACCUACAUCGGCAGUCUGGAAAACCCAAAUGAGCUUCUGGGCCUGCUUCAUGGGGUUUACGGCCUUGGUGCAGUGAUCAGUCCGUUAGUGGCCACAAACAUGAUCACCAAAGCGAAGGUGCCCUGGUACUACUUUUAUUUCUUCAUGAUCGGUAUAUCUGUCAUCGAGGCCGUGGCAUGCCCGGUGGUUUUCUGGCGAUUCACAGGGACCGCCUUUCGACAAUCCCAUGAACAGUCUCACGGGGAUCCGGGAGAACAGGGCAAGAGUGGGCUUCGGGAUGCCCUUUUCACCCGCCCCGCUGCGCGCGUGUCCUGGCUCUCUUCCUUUGUCCUACUGUUUUAUGUGGGAGUGGAAGUGACGAUUGGCGGCUGGAUCGUUACAAUCAUGAUGGAAGUGCGGCACGCAGCACCGUUCCCUAGCGGUAUGACAGCGACAGGAUUUUGGCUAGGAAUUACCGCAGGACGAGUGGUACUGGGAUUUGUUACAGCGCGACUUGGUGAAAAAUUAGCCACAACUAUCUACAUUACUUGUGCAAUAGCGUGUGCGUUGGUGGUAUGGUUGGUUCCUAAUUUCUAUGUCUCUGCUGUGGUGGUGUCAAUUCAGGGUUUCUUCCUUGGUCCACUAUUUCCCUGCGUGGUCGCCGUCAUAACCAAGCUUCUGCCCAAGAAUCUCCAUGUUGCGGCGAUUGGCUUCGUAGCUGCCUUUGGAGGCGCUGGCGCAGCUGUUGUUCCAUUUGUGGCUGGAGGAAUUGCACAGGGCAGCGGAGUAAAGUCCCUCUUACCGUUCGUCGUGGGUGUUUCCGCUGGGAUAUUACUGCUUUGGCUCGGGUUACCACGACUGAGAAAAGGGGGAGCCCAACAAUAG